UUUUGUUCUGUUCUUGUCGUCAUAUCGCUUCAUUUAGUAUACUAUCAAGAAGGAUGAUAUAGGAUAUCGAUUCAAGAACUUGAUGCUUACCCAGAUUUUGGAGGGAAGAGCUCCAGCAUGCAACUUCGUACAGAUCAGGCCUACUCCGGCUGAGCAGAGAUGGGGCGUGGGGUUGAACACUGUUGCCCUUGGAACGAGUACUUGCUUCUUGGCUGCCAAGGUCCUUUGGCUAAGCUGUUGGCCUUCAGUCGUCCUAUCGAUUUCGAAGUUUAGGAAGACGUCGAUGGUUUGCCAAGAAGCAUGGCUAUCCUCGUGUGCCUGUGGUUUGACAAAUUGCGAGCUUCGAAACUAUGAUUGGAAAGAGGCAUCUUGGCCAAAAAGGUACAAGAAAUCUGGAAGGCCAAUUUUUUUGAAGAUUACCGUGACCUACGUCCUAACUGUCAAAGGCCGCUACCACCUCUGGAAAAAUUACACUGUCAGCAAGCAGGAGGUUUGUGAUUUGAUCAAUCAAUACUUGAUCAACAAUGGCAGUGAGAGUCAUUUGUGGUGUGGCAUCAAACAACAGGUCACUACCCUUGAGAAACAAUUCUGUGAGGCCCUGGUGGGGCAAGAGAAAACUGGCCAAGGAAUCGUGGAUGAUGCCAAUGAUUUGGCACAACAAGCUGGUGGCAAACUCAAGGAUGAUGAUUUCAUUGCUGUCCCCUUGGACACCCAUGAACAAGGGGAAGACAAAGACAAGCUGGUGUGUCCCAAUGCUGAAACAGAGAUAAGACAAAGCAGUAUCAGGUGUUUAUUUGUAGGGCCUAUGUUUUACAACUCCUGA